GAACGCCAUUUUGAUACUGAACACCGUGGGUGGAUCAGAUCGGGCACGAAUAGACAGCAAAAUUUACACACUAACACGUUGAUUAACUGGUCAGCAGACGCCGAACAGCCAUGUCAUCAGACAACCAGGACACGGAGACGCAUCCGGAGCAGGUGGACGAGACUCAGGAAUCCCAGGACACAAACUCAAACCCAGUGCGGACAGAAGAGGCCAAAUUGAAAGCAAAGUAUCCCAACUUGGGUCAAAAGCCAGGUGGAUCUGAUUUCCUGAUGAAGCGCCUGCAGAAAGGGCAAAAGUAUUUUGACUCAGGAGAUUACAACAUGGCCAAGGCAAAGAUGAAGAACAAACAGUUGCCUGCCGCAGCCGGUCCAGACAAGAACAUCGUCACCGGCGAUCACAUUCCUACCCCACAAGACCUUCCCCAGAGAAAGUCCUCACUGGUUACAAGUAAACUAGCAGGCUAACGUCACUCACAGGUUUUUAAGAAACCCUCUUACCAAACUUCCAAAACUUCCCCAGACCCUCCAGACCAGCUUCACCAGGACUGGUUACCGUUACUUUGGAGUUCUUUUUUUCAUUUGCGUGUAUAGUUUCGCUAUCUUUUUCAGUAGGUUUAACCAAACCCAGCUCUGUUACCCUCUUUGGUGUCCCACAAAUGAUAGUGGAAAAUUGAAACCCUCGGUACUCCAGGCCCCAGUGGAGCAUGAUGCACUUUACUCUGUGUACCCUGUACAUCAGUGAUUUUACGAACAAACCCAUGAAGACAAGCUUUUAAGUGUCAAAUAAUUAGAAAAUGAUCUAAAAUUGUUUUAAAAGGCAUUGUUUAAUCUAAAUAUAUACAUUGAUUAUACUUGACAGCCAUUGGCUCCCAGAUAUACAUCGGCAGCCCUCAAAUUAUCACAGCGACAAAAUAAUGAAUGUUUCGUAAGUCAGUGAAAACACAUGGUCAACGCUAUAGUGGUAAAGAGUCCAUCCACUCUUCUACCUCUCUGUAACGGCUGCUUACGGCUGGAUUGUUUUACUAUUCUCAGCGUUCACCUUCCAUGGUAGGAUCUGAGCAAGCGGUUUCAAUCAGGCUGAUGAGAUUAUCGUAAUCACAGCAUUUGUGUGUAAACAGAGAAUGUUGUAAUUCACUGAUAGUAGCGCAGAUGUGGCACAAUCUUGUCAUAGCAGACGGUAUUAGUCAAAUUUUGCAUCGUUCUUAAAAAGUAGUGGAUAUAUGUGUUGAAUCUUACAGGCAUCUGGAGACAUUAAGCUUUCUUCUACACUAACGGCAGUGUAUUUAUCAUUAAAGGGAUUGAUGUGCGACUAUUUUGUGAUCUCCACAACCUAUGUAAUGUGAUGCACAGGACCCCUUUGAUCAUCUCAUCUGAGAAAAUGAUGACAAUCAUGUCGUCUGUUUACAAAAUGAAUCUAUCUGAUCAUUCAUAUCCGUGUACACUCUUAGGAAAUGGUAAAGGAUAUUUGCAGAACAGAGCAGCACCUGGUUAAAUAUUUGUAUACUUGACAGAUCUAAAUAGUAAGUGCUCUAUUUAAGGGAUACUUCUGCUUAAAAUCAUUUACUCACAAGUUUCUUUUUCGAUAUAAAAGAAGAAAUUUGGAAAAAUUUUGGUAUACAGACAGCUUGACUUCCAUAUUAUUUCUUUCCUACUAUUUAAGGUGUUUUGGUUACUAUCAGCUGUUUGGUUGCCAACAUUUUUCAGACUUCUUUUGUUUUACAAAUGAAAAUAAAUUAUAACACUUAACUUGAAGGGGGUGUUCAUAAAACUAUUAUAAUCAUGACUUUCUUGAAUGUAAAUUACAUUUUAUGCUUAUGAAAACUGUCAUUAAGAGUCAUUUUUUCAUUUUUAUCAUAUUAAAUGCAAGUCACAUUUACAUGUACGCCAAUAAUCCAAUUUUAAUAUGAUUAAGACAGUACUUUGAUUAAGAGUCGACCAUGUAAACAGCAAUUUUUGAUUCAUUUAAUCCGAUUAAGGUCAUAAUCGAACUAAACAGAAAUAGAAUUAAGACAUGUUGAGUAUGCCGAGUCGCAUUAUUAAAGUGCAGUACAGACACGUAAACACAGCAAUCAAACUAUUACCAUCGUGUUUCACCUCAUUUUGCAACAGGAUAGUCUAUACACACACACACACAUGGCUGUUUGACACUGUUUUCUUCCAGCAGUUCAUAUUCGAUCCAAUAUCUUGUUUGUCAUAGGAGGCAUGCAUGAAAUGUUCCUGAAUGAAAGUGAAAGUGCCAAACUGCAGUUUAAAUCAACAAAUUGAAAAUUAAAGACAUGAAAUUACAUGAAACUCCAGAGGAAAUGUGGAUGGCCUGGUGACGCAGUGACAUUGAUUGAAAUAUGUGCUAUAAUAUGUAAAACGAGAUCAUGAAAGGAACAGUCAAAAAGCAACUCAUGUAACAACCUUAAUCAUAUUAUUGUCGUAUUCAGAUUAUUAAGGCAAAUAAAUUUGAUUACUGAUGUCCAUGUAAACGUAGUCAUUGUUUGAGAUGGCUUUAUGACAACUUGAGAAACAAUAACAUGUCUUUCUCUUUGUCAUGACAACUUGACAUUACCAAGACAACGUAAUGUUAUGAACAGUUAUAAAUCAAAGUAAUGAGACUUUUAAUGAAAAAUCCGAUUUGUGCCACUGAAAAUUGAACAGAAAAAUAUCCAUGACACAAUUAUAAUUUAUUCAUGAUGUUUAUCAUCGAUUUAUGACAAAUUAUGUUUUCUUGGUGAUGUCAAGUUGCCGUGACAAAGUCAGGUUGUAAUGUAACUGGCCUGGACACCGGGGUUACACUUUUUACGACAAGUAAAAAUUCUCGUAAAAAUUUUUUAAAAAGUAAAAGUAAAAAUUCAAGUAAAAAAAUGUGGAUUUUUAAUGACCACAGAGAGUCAGGACCUCAGUUUAGUGUGCCAUCCGAAAGAUGGCGCCCUCUGACAGUAUAGUGUCCCCUUCACUAUACUGGGGAAUUAGGACUCACGAAGACCACUUCCAACAGCAACCUAGUUUUCCCAUGUGGUCUCCAAUCCAGGUAUUGACCAGGCUCAGCCAUGCUUAGCUUCAGUGAGUAACCACUCUUGGGCUGCAGGGUGACGUGGCUGUAAUGUAUUUGUAAUGUUAUGUUCUAAUAACAAAGACAUCUCCAACAAUGUCACCUUUGCAUUUAGAAUGACAUAACUGAACUAAAAACGCUUAAUGACAGUUGUCAUAAGCAUGCAUGCAUAAGACAUGAUUAGAAAAGUGUCAUGACAGUCUUAUGAACACCCUCUUCAAGUAAAGAGGUUCAUUUGGAACAAGUGCAGUGUAAGUCAAUUAUCAUUUGAGUGAACGAUCCCUUUAAACCAAUAAGUUAUUGGAAAUAUUACCCAUAUUGCCAUAUUGCUGGAAAUAUUGCUUUGACUAGCAGCUUAUAAUCGUACUUCAAACCAAUAUCAGACAUUUUGAAUUGACAAUUUUUCGUAUUUUGUGAUUAAUGAUUUUUUCUUUUGCUUAUUUAUGCUUUUGAAUUGCAUUAUGGGAUCUUGAUCUAUCCCUUGAAACAUUCAAAAAAGUGAAUUUAUUGACAUUUUAAAUAGUUUAAAGUGAUAUAUUGUCUGGGUUUGUGUUGUAAAUUACAAAAACCUGGUAAUAAGCUGCCAGUAUUUUCUGUUGUUUUACAGACUUGGUUGUCUGAAAUGUAAAUUGAAAAAAAAAUCUCUAAAACAGAGGUGUCCAAACUCGGUCCUGCAUGUUGUCCUGCAUAUUUUAGUUCCAAUUCCUAUUAAACACACCUAAACCAGCUAAUCAAGCUCUUUCUAGGUAUACUAGAAACUUUCAGGGAGGUGUAGGAAGUUGGAGAUAAACUAUGCAAGACACCGGCACUCCAGGACGGAAUUUGGACACCCCUGCUCUAAUAUGUCAAGAAAAGUAAUUUUGUUAAACUGUACAGUUGAAUUUUCAACAUAAAGUGUACAGAGCAGAGAUAAAACUCCUAUAAUGCAAUUCACAACCGUAAAUGAACAGAAAGCACUUGUGUAUCACAAAAUACGGAACCUGUUAAUAUUUUUUACAGUGCAGAAAAAACCUUGGGGAAUUAUUAUAUGCUGUGUCUGACCCAUAUUUUCCUCCGUGGCACUAAAAAGAGAUACUCUUUUCUAAAUAUUUAUCAAAGUGUCCUUCUCCAGAGGACACGAAUCAAUAAACCUCUGUAGUUUGAAAAGGUCUAUACGCAAAGCUGUUGCAAGUCAAUGGAAACUUUGUAAUGAAUCCCAACAGCUCAUUUAUUCCAGGCUGUAGUCUUUGGACACUCCUUACAGAGUCUUGGUGUGUGAGAGAGAGCAAACCAACACUCACUUAGCCAGUUUUACAAAAUCGCCCCUUCGAAAACGACAUCCUCGCCAACUUGAGGCAUGACGAUUUGAAAUGUUUAGCCAUGUGACAUUAACAAAAGCAAAUAUAAGCAUGUAAAUCUUGAAUAAGAAAACAAAAUACUGUAUUAUCACUAUGAAAGGUCUCACUUAAAGGUGAAUUACGUGUAAGGGAUUGAAUGUGUUUUUUCAUACAUGGUUGAGGUGCUGAUGGCAGUUGGCAAUACAUCAGGGAAAUAUGAUGGUCUUGCACUUAGUAUUUGUCACUUGAUGGUAUGUGUGGAUGUACAAUGUUUCCUUUGAGGAAUGCGUUCUUGCACAAUGCUAGGAGAUAAUCUCAUCUUAUUUUGUGCUGCAGCCAAAUUGUAAAUAGUCGAACUGUGCAUCUGGUGUCAUAUUUGUGCAUUUUGUCUCGCAUUAUCUGUCUGAGUUGUCGUUAGAAAAUGUAUUGUUUCCCGUAUUCCCAAAGUUUGUCUUUUAUUUGUUUAUUAUUGUGUGUCUCUUUGCUUUGUAAUGCAACACGUUGACGAGAAUAUAUUCAGUUCUAGCGUGAGAAAUGUAAAUAUGGGAGAAUUAUUGUAAUUAAAGAAAGCUUUUUAAUUAGAGAGGUUACAUUUAUGGAGAUAUGAACUGGAAACUUUCCACUUCAAUGUGAUACUCAUGUAAGAUAUUAACUCUAAAUCAACUGCUAUAACUAUAUAUGGACACACAAAAGUAUAUUAAUGAUUUGCUUAUUUUCUGAAGCAUUUGGUGUUGAGUUAUUUUAUUUUUGUGCCCCAUUUAUAUAUUUACAUUGAUUGUUUCAGAUGUUUUGCUUGAAAUAGUUUGUGUUUGACAAUGAAUUUGCAGAGGUUUCCAGAAUCAUCUGGUCUCUUACAGUUAUAAUUGCAUCACAUGUAAGGAUGAGAAAUUGAGAAGCAAGGAUUGAUGUUUGAAAUGAAUAUUGAAGCUAUGUCUGAACUUCAAAUAAAAUUUUACAUUAAUAGCAAAAAAAUCAUGUAUUUUGUUUUAUUUUGCUGAUUAAAUAAUGUCCCUUGUUUAUGUAA